AUGUUUCCUGUUAGACUAAACCGCGACGAUAGGAAGUCCAAGGCCAAAACAAACAAAACAAACAGAAAGACCUCAACCAAGGACCCAGAGGAUCCUACCACGGCUCGUUCAUCCACUUCCCGAAGGUCCUCCAUGCCUGGACUUGAUAGAUCGGAGGCCUCGUUCCUCGAGUCGAGAUCUAGCCUACCGUAUCCUACUUUCUCGAAAGCUCACAGCAGAGAAGGCGUUCGAAAACCGAAUAUCCCCACGCCGGACCCGACCGAUUUGACAAAUGACGACAGGAAGAGUCAUGAGAAUCACCAUGCGCCUCCUAGUCCACCCCUAACCGGGCUCGACCAAGAGUCAAGGAAGGGCAGUAUCGUGAAUGAGGAUGAGAAGGAGACAGACAAACCCAAAAAACCAAGUAUCAAAAUCAGAGCCUCAGUCAACAGGUCAUCGUCGAGUCUCCGGUCGAAACGGGAUGAUAGCACCAAGUCCAAGUCCAGUAAGACGUCGCGAACGGAGACAGAGACCCCCUCAAAAUCCAGAACAACCAAGGAUGAGAGUGAGCCUUUACCUCGGUCAUCGAGCUCCAGGUCCAAGACGAAGGUGCCCGAUGACAGGAAACUGCCCAAACGGUCAAGUCGCUCGACGAUGUCUGCCUCACAGUCGAACAUCACGCUCCGUGAGACCGGCGCAGAGUCAGCUAACGGAUCUGAUGCGACGUCUAUUGCCCCCAACCAGCAGCAUUCAGUGCCACGAAAACCCAUGACCCCGCCUACGAAACCUCCUUCUCGCACCCAGAACCGAUCGGCCAUGUCCCAUCACCGCAUGAAUAGCGAAGAAUCGAUCGAUUUUGUAAAACCAGCGAAUCCGCAUUCGUUCGGUGCACCCCCGCCGCCUCCACCUCCGCCCGAAAUGCCCGCUACGAUCCCUCGAGUCGAUUACUUACUGAAAAAUGGUGGUCUGGAAACAAAGGUCUCGAGAGCACUGCUGGCUAGUCUCGGACAGAAGGAUCCAUUAUCGCAAGGACAGCCUCACUCCCGGGCUAUCGCUGGCAAAAUCUUCGAUCCAUAUAACCGUUUACUGGACGACUACCAAAAAGUUAUGAAUAAGAAUGGAUCUCUUGCUGUUGCGACGGGCUACCGGUCAGUUGCCCGGCGUUUGUUGGAUCGUCUCGAAGCGGUGUUCGCGCGCGACAUCUCUUCCGAGCCAUGUAACUGCCAGAUAUGCGACCAAGCGGACAUAGACGACCAACCGGAUGGAGUGAGCUGGGGCGAGGUUCUAGAGCUCGUUUCUGGCCGUAGGGAGCUUCCCAUGUGGCCUCCCUUCACUAUGGCACCAACGGCCGUGGAUACGGGUGCACCAGGCGACGAGCACAUUCCGAUGCAGAAGCUUGAUGUUGAUGUCCCCGAAGAGUACCGCGCCCACUUCAUACGGCAGUCUCGAAAGACAAAGGUCGCUGUCGACAAAUGGCUCUCUGAGCAGAAUGAUCCAGGCACCAGCGCUCCUAAUGAGGUUGACGACGAGACGUUGACCUUUGCCAUGCUCACGCACCUUGAACCUCACCAGCGCUCAUUGUUCUGCUCUUUGCUCGGCAUCAACUCUUCAACUCCUGUCCCGCGAUCCGACGACGAAAAACCUCGAUCAAAGCCCUCGGCGCUCAUCUCGUCGGCCUCAGCCAUCCAGCGACUUUACCGACUGUCCUCUCUCCCUCGUGACCCAGAAACUGCUAUGUACAUGCUGAAUAACCCCACUCUCCACCAUGUUCUUGCCACGCUUUCCGCCAUCAGUGAUGACGAGUGGGAAAUACUCAUCUCUGGCCGCUUUGAUGGAUUCCUCCGCAGCGGCGCAGAAGACAGCCCCGCCGCGAAUGCCGCUGGGUCUCGCUACGCCAGUCGCUCCACCACACCCUUAGGCGGCAGUAUCUCCCGAGGACCAACACCAAACUACAUGGACGGCAGCUUCCGACCUUCGAGCCAAGUGAACGGACCCACCUGUCCCGCCACAUUCGGUGGACCGAUCGCUCUAGACGAGGAAACCGAAAUAGCCGCGUUGGCAGAGGUCGAACGUGACAUUUUCCUCGGGAUGGAAGCCCUGGAAGACGCCUUUGAAGCCCUCCACUGCAAAGCUGAAGCUGUGCGGCGCGCUUUGCGCGAACGCGGUGCCGGCUUGUCGGUUGCAAACCAAAGCCGCCGCGGCUCAUUCGUCGAAGCGCGCCUUGGCACACCCUUCUCAGGCGUCGGUGCAUGGGAAAGUGGCGGCGAAGACGACUUCCUCGAUGACGAUCGAUCUCUUGCGCCCGAUGACUCGGCGAGUAACAUCAGCUCGAACCGGCGUCGUCGACCCAAGAGACGCACGGAGCGACGCACACCCGCGCCUGUCGAGGAAGAAGACGAGGAAGAUGACGGUCUUGGUCGUCGAGAUACGCGGAACUCGAGGCGCAGAUAG